UAUAAAAGAAUCAAAAAAAAUUAAUAAAUAAAUCAAACAAAUUAUCAUUUCAUAUAAACAACAUAAAAUCUUUAGUAAACUCUAGCCUAGAAUUUUAAGAAAUUUAUGAAUAAAUUUAUAAUUACGAUUCUGAUGUUGCUAGCUGUUUCCUCAGCUACUCAAGCAGAAUUUCUUUAGUAAAGUUAGUAGAAUUAAAACAAUACAAUUAAUCAUGAAAGUUCAAAUUAGAAGUAAAUAAUGCUAAAUAAAUUAAAUGAGAUUGAACGCGUAGCAGUGAUCAAUAUAAUCGAUAAAAAUGAUUAGAACUGCUCUGAAUUAUAAUUAAAAAUACAGUUUAAUGUUUAAAAUGAGAGUUUCAAAGGUAUUUAAGAUAUUUGUUAGGAGUUUGUAUCUUAGCUUAAUACUUUUCUAGAAAUGUAGACUUAAAAUUAGCAAAUAAAAAUUACACCAAAAGCAACUUUUGAUAACAAAUGCUACUUAGCUUUUGACCAAUAAAAUAAAAAUAAAAAAUUGAUAAAUACAAAAAACAAUAGCGAAAUUUGUUAAGUUGCUAAAAAUGAAGCUAAAAAUUACUUAAAAAGCUUGAGAGCUGAGUAAUAUUUAUCUUUUUUAGGGUACUCAUUAAGGGACAAUAACUAUUAUAUAUAGUUAGAUUAAACUAAUUAAUAAUAUACUACUAUUAAUAUAGAUUAAAUUGAUUUAGAAAUAAGCAAAAAUAAUAAAAUUUUUGAGCAAGAUCUUGAUAAAAGAAUAUUGCAAGAUACAGCAAGUAACAGUGGAAGUAUAUUUAAAAAUGCAAAAGAUCAAGAUGACAGCAGCGACAUAUUUGUCUAAUAGCAUUUCAGAACAUGUCUAGGUAAUCUUGGUAUUUUGCUUUUCGUGAGUCAUACUGUAAUGUAUUUCGCCUUACAAGGUGAUGAUAAAGACAUUCCAAUCAAGAAGGAAUCAAUUUUUGACUAACCUUAUCUAAGCUUUAGUAGAUAACAAAGCCAAAUCUAAGAGAAUGGCUAAGACAAUCGUCCUAACAUACAAAAUAGUAAUAAUGUCCCAAACUAAAAUUAAGACGAGUAAUUGCAUUAACUAAAUUAAUUUUCAAAUGUUCACAAUAGAAUAAGUUCUGAGAUAAUUCAAAAUAAUAUUAAUAACCAUAUUGAAAAUCAUAAUAAUUAAGCUUAAAACCAAUAGUAAUAAUUAGUAGAAAUUAAUCUAAAUAAUCUCAACAAUAAUAUUAUAAUUGAUAAUAAUAACAAUAUCAACAUCAACAACAACAACAAUAAUAAUUAGAUUUAGAUUGACUUAGAAAAUAAUAGAAGUAUUUAGCGAAACAAUUCCUAAUACAACUAAAAUAGAGUCUUUCCAGCUUAAUAAAAUCAAAAUAAUCCUGACAUCCGAAUCAAAUACAACUCUAAAAUAAUCUUCCUUCAUGCAAGAUACGCUUAUUAUAAAAAAAUUGAAAACACACCUAGAUGGAUGAGAAUAUUCUUUAUUUUUGUUUACAUGAGCAUCUUUUAAAUGAUUCUAUCAAUAUUCUUGUAGUAGAAGUUUUCAUAAAAUAUAUAUCUCUUUAUUAUAGUAAAUGCUUUGACUUGGUUAGGAGUUUAUCUAUAUUCAGGCAUAUUUUACUUGAUAUUUUACAUAAUUAGUCCAUAAGAUAGAGAAAAUAACAAAUGCUCUAAAUAUUUCAUCAUUUUCUUAAUAUAUGUUCUUAACCUCCUUUACGUGACUUCAAACUAUACUCGCACCUAGUAAGAUAGUUCUAGGUUAUUCUACUGGCCUAUUUUAUAUUUGCUGAUUGAUUAAUUUGCUAUUGACUAUGUUUUCCUAUACAUUUCUAUGAAAUAUUCUCUAAUUCGUUAUGCUAAGCUUUUUAGCAUAAAAGCUUCUCCUAAUUAAUGA